AUGACUCCCGAUCCUUGUGCACCACCAUCUCAACAACCCAACUUGAUAAGCGGCGCGUCGGCCAAGCCGCAGCUUUCCAAUCGUAGCAGCCCGUUUCCGACGAUAACUACAGCUUCCGACAAGAUUUCCUCCAUGGCUGCCGCCUCGAGCUUCUUGCCUGCGGCACAGACCUUCAGGCCCUCCCAUUCAACUCAGUCACCCUACCCGCUCAACAUGUCAACCGCCCACCUGUUCGAGCGCGAGCCCACCAAACCCGUCGGUACACCAUUCUCAAGCACACCCACACCCAUGGUCCGCGUUCUUAUCCGUCGUCUACCUCUCAAUACUUCUGAGGAGUCAUUGCGCCUGAUGGUUGUGUGGUCCAAGGAACUAGCCGAUGUUGAGCUGCUGCCCGCUGACAAGUCCGAGGAUGACGGCUUUCGUUCAGCUCUCUUGCGAUUCAGAAGCAUGGCUGGGGCACAGGAGGCCAAGACGAUGCUGGAUGGCCGAUCCAAUAUUUCCAACGACGCCGAAAUGAUUGUCGAAGUUUUGUCAAAUAGCCCACCGAUAGCGAGACGAAACACGGUUGAGCAAGCGUCUGCCAUGCCACCAGUGACUUCAUCAACAGGGCCGGCACCAGUUCCGGCGUCACGACAACCUGCACGCUUCAACGGUUUCCAGCCUUUGGAUAAUAGCGUAUCGCCGACUUCAAACAGCGUCUUCCCCGCUCAUGAAUUCAUCCACCCUGAUGCCAACUCGCAUUAUCAAAGCAUUUUUUCUCCUCAAUCGCCCAUUGGGAACCACCUGAGCGAGCGUCCAAGGAUAUCUGGCAAGUCUCUCAUUAGCAGUGAUUUUGGUGACGACGACGAAACGAGUGAUCUUCUCAAAGACCCUGUUGCCUAUGCUGAGAACGGAGCCACUUCGCAACGCAGAGCUACCGCUCCCCAGAUUCCCAUUGGACGCAUGGCUGGAUUGUCGCUCAGCACGAACCCCUCUCAGGGUCCUGCGUCUCUGCCGCCAUACAUGACCCCAUUAUCGCCAGCCAACGCUCCGGCGCCUGGGCUUGGAUAUCCUGUCAAUGGCCAUGGUUUUCCGCGACACAACUUCCCUCCGGUGAAUCCGGCUGAUCAGAAUCCACCAUGCAAUACUCUGUAUGUUGGUAAUUUGCCCAUCGACACAUCUGAGGAAGAACUCAAGGCCAUGUUCUCCAAGCAGCGAGGGUACAAGAGACUCUGCUUCAGGACAAAGCAGAAUGGACCAAUGUGCUUUGUGGAAUUUGAGGAUGUUUCUUUUGCCACGAAGGCCCUUCACGAGCUUUAUGGCCAGCCGCUCCAUAACAGUGUUAAGGGCGGGAUCCGGCUGAGCUUCUCAAAGAAUCCCUUGGGCGUGAGAUCCGGCCAGGCUCCCGGUCAGGGGGCCAAUACCUCGAUGGGUAAUAUGACAGGAAUGAUGAGCAAUGGCACAAAUGGGUUUGCUACUACUCAUGGCCCCCCUCCGGGGCUUGCUGCACCACCUGGCCUAGGAAGCGGCCGAGGCAACUAUAACUUGGCCUCUUCCAUGAACACUGGGGGCAGUCGACCAUAUAACGCGGCUGGAUUCCCUGGUGCUCCUACCCACCCGUGGAACACUCCUUACAACAACAGUGUUGCUACGGGGCCGAACAGUGGGCUUAACAACAACUCAUCAUAUUUUCCAAGACAUAUGAUGGGGAGGUAA